UUCGCGGUCGUCAAUUUAUUUUAUUUGUAUUGCAUUGUGAACAAAUUCUGGUACUGUGCAUGUCUGAUGUCAUACAAGGUUUAUCAUUGUUGAAUUUCAAAAUAAUUGGAAAUGAUGAAACCUUCUACUAUCGAUGUUCUACUAAUCGUAAAUGCAAAUGUUCAAACAUUACUGAUGGAAUUUUAGCCGACUGUUCCGCCUUAACUUUAAAAAAAUCUCCAUAUUUCGAGGAAAGGGUUGUAUCUGUUAAUCUGAGCCGUAAUUUGCUUACACAUCUCCCAGACGAGGGACAUUUACCGGCGAAGCUGAAAUAUUUAGAUUUAGCAGAUAAUAAUAUUUCAAAAUUUAGUAAAGGGGAGUUAGCUCCAUUUUCUACUGCACGCAAUAUUAUAAGCUUAAACUUAUCAACCAAUUUCUUAUCACUAGAUGUUGAUACGUAUUACACAGGCGUGUUUCAAAAUCUGAAAUAUUUACAGUAUUUAGAUGUUUCAAACAAUUCCAAUGCAAACAAAAGUUAUUAUUGUCCAGAUAAAGUAUUUCAAGAACUUUCCUCUCUUCAAAGUCUAUCAAUCGAUGGAGUUCAAAAUGUAACGUUUGGCAAAGGAUUUUCUACUCUGACAAAUCUCACAAUGUUGAGAAUAACUGGAAUUGCUGUUAAAAGGAUCAUAAAUAGAGAAUACUUUGACAAUUUCCCCAAUCUUGAACACCUCGAUUUAUCAGCUACAUUAGAAUGGCGCAACAAAGGCGAUUUUGCACUCACAAAUUUUGAAAAAGGUGCUCUUCAAAAACUUACUAAAUUGCAGUAUUUAGAUAUCUCAUACCAUCGGAAACUUCGAAUGUGUGGAUUUAGAAAUGUUACGAAUGAUCUUCCAAAAACUUCAAUACGCAUACUAAAAGCCAAUUAUCUGGAAUGUGAAAGAUCAGUAAGUACCGUUUUAUUUGUUGAUGAUAUCAAAUCUUUGAAUACUACAAAGCUAGAGGAACUAUACCUCGAUGGAAAUAAUUUAGAAGAAACAGAUAUCCUAGUGCCACGACAUUUACCACCGUCUUUGCAUUAUUUUAGUGCCAGAGAUAAUAGAUGGGUCAUUGAUAGAUACGCAUACCAUUAUAUUUCUGCAUUAACAGGAAUUAAAACUGUUGACUUGAGUUUUCAAAACAAACAUCAGUUUUCGCAGUCAAAGAACUUUGUGGCUUUGUACUGAUUCUUCUUAUGAAACUACACAU